CAGAAGGAUGUUAGUCGGUAGAGGCUGCCCCGGGUGAAGAAGAGGCCGCUCAGUGCCCGUAGCAUCCAGAACCUUCCACGGAGGUGCCUGGUGGAACCUGACUCCAGGAACGCCAUACCUGGGUGAACUUCUGAGCUGGGGAAAGACUGAGAGGCUUAUGUGGAGCUGCUGGUUGAAGUCUCAGUGCCUAGCCAAGAUACCCAGGAGGAGGGAAAAGGAGAAAGGCGAAGAGCACCAGAGGUGAAAUCUGCUGUAGCCAUGAGAUCAAUCCGAUCGUUUGCUAACGAUGACCGGCACGUGAUGAUGAAACAUUCAACGAUUUAUCCGUCUCCAGAAGAACUCGAAGCCGUCCAGAACAUGGUUUCCACCGUCGAAUGCGCCCUUAAGCAGGUCUCCGAUUGGAUGGACGAGACAAGCAGGUCUUCCCAGAUGGAUGGCAGCUCAGAGGAGAAAGAAGAAACGGCUGAUGGCCGGAGUAGCAAGGAGCAAGGUGGCCGGAUCUUGUGUGGUGUGAUGAGGAUUGGUUUGGUGGCCAAAGGAUUGUUGAUAAAGGACGACAUGGACCUGGAACUAGUAUUGAUGUGCAAAGAAAAGCCCACAGAGUCCCUCUUAUCCCUCGUCAAAGACAAUCUACCUGUCCAAAUCCAGAAACUUACCGAAGAUAAGUACCACAUAGAACACCAUCCCAGCGAAGCGGCCAUCGUCGUCCGUAGCACAACGGGGCUCCCCCUCACCCUCAAGGUGACGCUCACCUCUCCGCUAACCCGGGAUGAAGCCGAGAAGAAGGACGGAGUAGACAGUGCCCUGGUGAAAGAACCUUCGGAUUUACUCAGCAGGCAAAAAUGCCUCGAAGCUUUGGCGUCUCUGCGACACGCCAAAUGGUUCCAGGCCAGAGCGAACGGGCUAAAAUCGUGCGUGAUUGUUCUACGGAUCCUCAGAGAUUUAUGCAACAGAGUUCCUACCUGGGCGCCUUUGAAAGGUUGGCCCUUGGAACUGCUGUGCGAGAAAGCCAUUGGCACCUGCAACAGGCCGUUGGGUGCAGGGGAAGCUCUCCGCCGAGUGUUGGAGUGUUUGGCCUCGGGCAUCCUGUUGCCAGGUGGGCCCGGCGUGCAUGACCCCUGUGAACGAGAGCCAACAGAUGCCUUGUCUAGCGUGACUGUUUCACAAAGGGAAGCCAUAACCCAUAGUGCCCAGCAUGCCCUGAGACUGUCGGCUUUUGGCCAAAUCUACAAGGUGCUGGAGAUGGAUCCUCUCCCUUCCAAUAAGUCGUUCCAGAAAUAUUCGUGGUCGGGGGCCGACAAAGAAGGUAGGUGCACCUGAAGGGCAGGCCAAGAAGUAACGGAUGGAAACUAAUCAAGGAGAGAAGCAGCCUGGAACUGCUGACAAGUGAGAAGAAUUAAUCCGUGGAACAGCUUGCCUCUAGAAGUUGUAGGCGCCCCAACACUGGAGAUCUCUUUUAAGAAGAGA